AUGUCAAUAAAAAUUCAACCACAUUAUUUUAUUCAACAAAACUAUAAAAAUUCUCCUUUCGAUUUAUCAAGUGAUAAUGUGUAUGACUGUAUUGGUGGUAUUUGUGCUUGUAUCCAUUCUAUAUUAGACCCUUAUGAUACUGUCUCUUUUAAUGUUACUCGUUUAAUUAAUGGUAAACAACGUAAUGUCUAUCAUUCAAUUAUUCAAGGUACUCUUCAAUUUUCAAUCACUAAAAAUACUUUCUUAUCAUAUAGUUCUUGUCCUAAAGUUAUUGUUCUUUAUUGUUAUAACUCAGCUCCACUUCUUAACAAAGAGGUACAUCAUGGAUUUAAUCAAACAAAUAACAAUAUGAUUAUUACUCUGCUUUUUAAUGAGAAUAAAGUCAAGACUUUUGUUGAAUUUCCUUAUUGUGACCAUUUCUCACUACAUUGA